CGGAAGCGGAGCGAGCAGCGGGAUGUGACAUGGCGUGCCGGGGGGGUGCGGGGCUGCUGUUGCUGCUGGGCCUCCUGCAGCUGCUGAGCUGCGCAGCUGCGUGUCCCUGCCAGGACCCGCGGCUCUGCCAGCCCAUCGCGGGCACCGGCGGCUUCGAGGUCUUUGUGUUCGAUGUGGGGAAAGAAGCCUGGAAAUCCUAUGACUGGUCAAAAAUUACAACCGUGGCGGCUUUCGGGAAAUACGAUCCAGAGCUCCUGUGCUUUGCUCAUUCCAAAGGCGCCAGGGUAGUACUGAAAGGUGAUGUACCUCUUAAGGAAAUCGUUGACCCGGCUAAAAGAGCAGUGUGGAUAUCCCAGCAGGUGGACCUUGCCAAAAAACAAUAUAUGGAUGGAAUUAAUAUAGAUAUAGAGCAAGAAGUUAAUGAAACCUCUCCUGAGUAUUAUGCAUUAACAGAGCUUGUUAAAGAAACUACAGAUGCUUUUCACAAAGAAAUUCCAGGAUCACAGGUAACAUUUGACGUGGCCUGGUCUCCUGCAUGCAUCGAUAAGAGGUGCUACAACUACACUGGGAUUGCAGCUGCCUGUGAUUUCUUAUUUGUGAUGUCUUACGAUGAGCAGAGCCAGAUCUGGACCGACUGUAUUGCAAAAGCCAAUGCUCCUUACCUUCAGACUUUAGUUGGGUAUGAAGAGUACAUUACUAUGGGCAUUGAUCCUAAGAAGCUUGUGAUGGGUGUCCCCUGGUAUGGCUAUGAUUAUGUGUGCCUAAACCUAUCCGAGGAUCAUGUUUGUUCCCUUUCUAAAGUACCAUUCCGUGGUGCCCCUUGCAGUGAUGCUGCAGGGCAUCAGGUGCCGUAUGGAACGAUAAUGAAGCAGGUGAACAGUUCUAUUUCAGGAGCACUAUGGGAUGAGGUACAAAACUCUCCAUUUUAUGAAUACAAGGAUUCUCUUGGUCACUUUCACCAAGUAUGGUAUGAUGACCCUCACAGCAUCUCUCUAAAAGCAGCAUAUGUGAAGAAUCGAGGCCUAAGGGGCAUUGGCAUGUGGAAUGGAAACAGUCUUGACUAUUCCAGGGAUGCUAUAGCAGAAAAACAAACUGAAGCAAUGUGGCAAGCCCUGACACCAUAACCUGAUGGAGAGAAGAAACACAGAAUGCUACUCCCUUUUUUCUGACAUGGCACUAAAACUAUUCUGUGUUUCAAAAUUUAAAUCAGACACACAAGUAUACAUGUAUGUGUUUCUGCUGUGGUUCAAAGGACUCAACCCAACAGUGACAGCAGUAGAAAGUCCGUCUUUACUAGAAGUUGCUUCAAGUCAACUCUGAAUAGAAAUGCCAAGUCUAACAUAAAUGUCUCUAUUCACCUCAUACAACAAUGCAGCAUAUUUGGUGGCUAUAGAAAAAAAAAAAAUUAUAAUUCUCCUAUGUCUUAUAGUAUUUAUUGCCUUGCUAUUCUUUGUGUGAUGUAUGUUUUCAGAUUUCAACAGCUGUUAUAAAAUAAAUAAAUCAAAGAUAAUCAAUAUAAACUGGAAAGACCAUUAGAAAACACCAUUAGAAAAAAAAUAAAAAUUCUGAGCUUGCAAUUAAGCAAUGAAAUAACAAAACUGAAUUAGACAAGGGGCCAAAUUCGGUUCUCAAAAAUGGCCACGCAAUGAGACACAAACUACAUAAAAGGAAGAACAAAUUAAAAUAGUUUUGUCUGGAGUUCAUUUUUCAUUUAAAGACCUACACUUGCAAGCAGAAUACAACUCAGUACUGUUUACAUUGUAAUCGUUGUGAAAUGGAACACUGAGAAAAUAAACAAACUCAAUAAAUAUUUGAUCAUGGAGAGGUAAUUCAAUUAGGUUACCAUGACCCUAACAAUAAAUAAACUAGUUAUUUGGUUCAUUGUUAGUUUUUUGGUUCAUUGUUUUACCCUCUGUUACAAAGCAAAUAUAAAGCAAUGCUAAAUUAUAUCUUUAAUUCAUUGCUAAAAACCUUUACUUGUACCUACUAAUAUAUUUAAUUGUCUAUUAAAAGCAAAAUAUGUUAUUAAAUCCCUUGUCAUUCUCAAGGGAGCUGGAAAAUUUCUCCAUUUACCUCAGAUCUAACAGUGAGGAAGAAAAUAUACCAUCUCAGUUGCUAUCAUCCAGUUAAAAAUAUCUGAAAUGUUUGAAGGUUUAUGCAUAUUUUCAGAUUUAGGUUGCACCACAGUCCUGAAGCUCCUGUUCAAGCCUUUCCACCUACUUUUUACACAUUACUUGUUAUUUAUUUUGGAUUUCUAUAUGGGUAAUUUUAGUGACAUUGACUAUAAAUGAAAUCAAGACCAACUUUCUGCCCUGUAAUUAAUUUCCAAAUCCAUUUCCAAGCAGGUGAAAAAAGUCUUUAAUAUCUAUAUACAUGUAUCCAUAUAUAUAUCUGUCUACAUACAUAAGUAUAUAGGUUUUUUGUGUGUUAAUCAAAUGCACUUUCAGUCAAUCUGAUUUUCAAGUUUAUUUACUUUAGCUAUAGUUUGUAGCAUAGCUAAAUAUAGAGAAAAUCAGAGUGAGGAACAAUUAUGAUUCAGAGACAGUUUUUUGAUUGCAGAAGCCUCCUCAAGCUGUAUUAGUGGACUGAUUCAAGGACAUUAAACGUACCUUCAGAGAAGCUUUCAUUCAGAGACUGAUCUUUAAAGGCUAUUGGACAGGUUGCAGGUUCCUCCCUUUUAAGGAAUUCUGACUUACUCAACUCUGUUGCAAAUUCUUCAAAUGCCAUACUCCUAACCAUGUACUGGCAAUAACGACCUUGGGGGUAUGUUUUUUAUUCAGCUAGAAUAGUUACAUUUAACCUAUUGUCUUAGCAUCUUCCACUGGAUUGCAACUAAUUACAUUUGAUGAUUUAAAGGAUAACAUUCCUGUCCACCUGUGUGUUUGUAUUUGGGGAAACAGACAAGAGCUCAUUCUUGAACGCAUCUAAAAACGAAUGGUGACAGAGCACCUAACGUUACCUAGUGGGUAGCAUCCCUGCCCAAGGCAGUGGGGUUGGAAAUGGAUGAUGAUUAAAGUCCCUUCCAACCCAAGUUGUUCUACAAGGGCUGCUCCAAAAGUAGUGCCUCCUGUUUUACUACAUUGGCCCACAAUGUCAGAGGUGGAUGUUGGUGGGAUGGCAGUAGAGGUUGAACCUUCUCACCAACAUCCCAUUAAAUUCUGUUGCCAUACGACAGAUGGCAGCAGAGGGGCAGUCUGUCAGAAUGGCGUCUGACAUGGAAGUACGGAUGAAGCAAAGGUGUGUCAAUGAACUGCUCUAAAAGGAGCAAUGGCACCCACUAACAUUCAUUGAUGCUUGCUGAAUGUUUAUGGAGACCAAACAGUGAAUGUGAGCACAGAGAAGUGGUGGGAGGUGCAUUUCAGCAACGUGAAAGACAAGCCAUGUUUUGGACAGCUCAUACGCAUUUCAUAUCAUGAAAUGAAAAGUGUCUGUCAAUCAACUCAUCUACACAGUUGGCUAAUGGUGGUGACUACAUUGAAAAAUAGUACUGUGUGUAGCUGAGAAUUUGUUCUAUCAAAUAAUGUUAUUAUUCUCUUUGUGUAUGUUGUAUUUUCCAUGAAAAUAAACAGGAGGCAUUACUUUUGAAGUAACCUA